AUGUUUAGUCUUGUUCCUAUAAAGCAAGAGUAUUCAAGUGUUGAAGAAGAGAAUCAAUCGGCAUCAAAUGGUUUACAGAAUAAUCUGCACCAUCACCAUCAUCAUCAUCAUCCUCAAGAGUAUCCUCCGCCCUUAUUUACACACCAAGACGUCGAAUACAUGUAUCGCCAAUUACCACAAUUUUGGAGUCAAUCCCAAAUGCAAUCAGCCGCAGCUGCAGCAGGGCAUAUUGAUGCAUCAUUAAAUAAAACUACCGGUCAACAUAAUUUAACACAACAUUCCGAAAGACUACCCGGACCAUCAUAUAUCCACCAGGAAACAGUGUACACCCAAGACCCAAAAGGGACGCGCGAGCACCCAGCAUGUUUGCCAUCAUCAGAAAGUUCUCAAAUUCUCCUCUCACCACCGCCGAUUCCAGCGCACUCUAUGGCGAACCAUACCAUAGCAUUUAUGCGUUCUCAAUCAUUUCCCGUGCGCCACAACGGUCCGGGAAGGCCGCCCAAAAACUCGUUAAUAAUCCCCACCCUAACCCCACUUGGAACUGCGUUCCCCCGACCAGGUCACAUGGUUAACCCCUCGGUUCCUGGAACCACCUCCAGUCCGUCAACCACCACAGGAACAUCAACCAUAGACACCACAUCAACCCUAGACACCAGCAGUUCCCGGAACUCUGACACGUCUACCCCGGGAUUGCCUGGAACACCUGGGCCCGGGUUGCCUGGAACCCCCGGGCCUUCUGGGUCCAAUGGUCCUAAUGGACCCAACGGCCCCAUCGGACCCAAUAGCGGUUCCGGGAACCCAGGUGGCAGCACCAGUAGUUCCACUGCAGCUUCCCCGGCAAAAAUAAAGCCAAAGUGCCAGUGUGAAGUUUGCUACAAAGAAUUCGGCCACAAAAGCAACCUAUUUAUCCACAUGCGCACUCACAAUGGUGAGCGACCAUACAAAUGUAACCAAUGUGAUAAAUGUUUUACCCACAGUGGUAAUCUGGCUAUCCACAUGCGCACGCACUCUGGUGAGCGGCCAUACGCUUGUCAAAUUUGCGGUAAAAUGUUCAGCCACUCUGGUAACUUAUCAACGCAUUUACGCACGCACUCUGGUGUUAAACCGUACAAAUGCAGUGUUUGCGGUAAAGAAUUCCGCCAUAGUGGUAACCUUUCGAUACACGAACGUAUUCAUUCUGGAAUUAAGCCAUUUCAGUGCAAAAUUUGUGGAAAAGAAUUUUAUCACAGCGGUAAUUUAACGACGCAUAUGAAAAAACACCCUAUGGACAAAGAUAGCCUGGGCCCAGGACCUGUUGGCAGAGGUCAUGGUCAUCCAAUUGUGGUUGAUGAUCAGCAGGUUGAGGUUCAAAUUGAUGGGUCAAGUCAAAUGGAUGCUGUUAUGGAUUCUACUAUGGAUGAGGAAGAGAGGUUGGAUCCCAGUGCUGCUUGUUCCGCUGAAAUUUCUGAGGCGGAUGAACAUGAGGCUGAACGUGUGUAUGAACCCUCUAGUUAA